AUGGAUUGGCAAGAGAGUAUUAAAGGUAUAUGUUACUAAACGUUCGCCAAUGCAAAAUACUAGAAAAUACGUAUUGUAAUGUACGCUUACAACGCAUUAACUCCGAUCUGCUCAAAGGUUUCGAUUUAAUUAUUGGCUCGAGCGCACUGUAGUCCACGAUUUUUCAGGUUUUCUGUUAUUGUCCGAAAUUUAAAUGCAUUUGUGAGGUUUCAGUGUUUCCAAUAACGUUGGGAUAUCCUUGAUCCGGUGUUUUGAGCAUCGACGACGAGUAAUGUAUGUUUCGUUUUCUCCAUUUUGCGCAGUUUAGAAUGAUGCAAUUGCAUCGAAAACCGCCGAUCGAGAACAAGAUCUCUUAUACGAUACGAAUCAUUUUAAUUAAAAGUGUGGCGAAGAAGUUUAUUGAUGCAUCAGUAUAACAAACUAUUUAGUUCCAGCAAAGUAAAUCACUGUACCUUUAUACAUGAGCUUUUUUUAUAACUUUCCUUUUACACUACGAGUUCGAGGUACAUUUAUGACUAGCGAGAUUUGUUUAACUAAUCAUGUUCGAAACAUGCAAUUAUUUGUAACGAAGAAAGCAUAAAAUGCGAGUCUAAUUUGUUUUGGAUAAGAUGCUUGUUUCUAAGAGACUACUAAUGUAGCUAUUAUAUUAAUCUUUGUACGAAUUUAGUUUGGCACAUGCAUGCCAUUGUAACUCAUUUGAAACCAAGCCGUCCUACAUGCACUUAAGCACAACAAAGCCUGCCAUGCUACAUGGUAAUCGUCUGUGUUGCGGAGGCAAUUUAGCCUCAGUAAGUAAGCGCUGAAAUACAUGUAUCCUGUUUUUUGCACGGGACCCCCGACGGACUCAACAAAUUACUGGAAGUAAUAUAUCAAACAUGAGAUGCAGUGUUUCAUCACCAGAUGAAACACCGAGAAGAGAGUUGAAAAUACGACGCACACCGGAGUAUUUUUGACGAACUUCGAGGUGUUUCAUCUGGUGAUGAAACACUGUGUCGAAUGUUUGAUAUUUCUUCUCAAACAAAAUCAUUUUUGAAGGAGAAAUUAAGGAUGCAAAAAUGAGCAGUUUUUCAUCUGAUAUCCAAACACUCAUUAAACAUUAAUUUCCUUUGCAUUUUCUUUAUGAAUUAUUAAUGAGUUUGAGAAGAGCAUUUCAAAUUUCCUUUCAUCUUAAUUGGCAAAUUGACAGUGGCAUUUUGAGCAGGCAAAUCAUGGUGCAUACUGAAAUCCAGGAACACAGGUGGAGGCCCAGUACAAGGGUUUUGGUGCUGUUUCACAGAAGGACUUAACCAGAGUCUGUGGCACAGGCUCUACCGUAGAAGCAUGACUUGGUUUCAAAUGCCAUGCUACCGCCUUGCUACAAAAAAGUCAAAUUUAAUCCAGUCAAUUAGAGUGGCACCGCAGGAUCACAAUGGUAGAAAUGCAAUGGGCCCUAUACAUGUACAUAAAAUUGCAGGUAGUCAUUGUAACUACAUGUACAUUGUAACCAAUUUGUUACAUCAAGUCCUUGUAUAUUUUUCUGAUGUAUUAGUUGAAAAUAAUCUUGUGAUUGAAAUAAUGACAUAUUAAAAGAGAUUUCUGAAGAUAUAAAACGGUAAAAACGAACAAUAAAAUCCAACGUUUUGUAGUAGUCGUGAUUCCAUUAGCAAGGAAAAAUGUUUUUGAUCAUGCAAAUUACAGCAUUUACAUGUAAAGCGAUGUGGCACGAAAAUUAACAUACAUGUAACACGGUGCAAAGAUUAUGAAUUCAAAAUACUUUUGCACGAGUUUGUGACCUGUAUGAUGCAGGCUAUGUAGGUUACACACGCGGACAUUUACACGAUCUUGUAAAAGGAAACCAACAACAGUCCUCCGCCAUUGCCAAACAAAUGAAAGAAUGUGCGUGGGACAUUAGUGUGUACGAAAUGCUUUUCACAAGAACCUUAAGUAAAGCCAAAUCUCAACAAUUGCAAUCAGACUCUAUUCAUGCAGAACUAUUUUCAUAAUCUUCACACCCUGUUAUCUUAAUUUUCACGCCACCUUGCGUUAAAUGCUGUAAUUUGCAUGAUCAAAAACAUUUUUCCUUGAUAAUGGAGUCGUGACUGCUCUGAAACGUCGGAUUUUAUUGUUUGUUUUUACCGUUUUAUGAAAUAAUGACACUGUCCAAAAUUGUCAAGCCAUUACUCGGUGAAAUUGGGAAUUUACAGUAAGACACCAGUGUACAAUGCACCUGUGUUCUAUACAUGCAUGGUGUACAGCUGUAUUUUUUUAAAGGGGCUGUGUCACGGUAGCCCAGUUCAUUUUGUUUAAGUUUUGCCAAUUACUAGGGGUGGCGAAUGGUAAAAUCCGAGACUGGCCGAGACGCUGAGAUCCUAGUUAGAAAUCCGAGCCCGAGACCCUUUAAAGUAAAAACAAACCAUGAAAAAACAAAACCUCGAGACUUAUCAAUAAAAACGCUUCCGAGAUUUCGAGAUCCAGCCAAAAUUUUCCGAGACCCACGUUUUUCGAGGUACCAUUCGGCACCCCUAAUUACUCGCCCUCAAUCGCUAUGGAACUUAAAGUAAGCAAAGAAAUUACAUAGAAAUGACAAAAUCAGAUAUUUGAGACAAACAAAUAUGUCUCCUGAGCAUUAUUUUUGAAGUUGCAAACAGCAGAGAUCAACUUUGAAAAACUGUUAGGCUGAACAGUUUUCAAAAACCCUAAUUUCAAUCCAUUUCAAUCUUCUUCAGUUUUGCCCAUCUGUGGCAUCUGUUGUAUCUGUUGUGCUUUUUAACCUUCCCUUAAUGUUUUAAGCGGUUAUUUUUACAUUCCUCUUAAUUAAACAGUCAUUUUGUAAUUACCUAAUAAUAUUUGGCUAAAUUUCGUGACACAGCUCCUUUAACUUAAAUAUUCCACUUGUUCGUCUGAUAGUGUAUCCUUAUGGUUAGACUGAAAUUUUACAUCAUCACUGUUUGAUGUUACAGGUUGUAAUAUUCUACAUCAGUUACCAGCAAUUUAAUCUUAUACUUUGCUUUAGGAUCAUGGCCUAUUGCUGCUUGUAAUUCUCUGGAGCCAGGAACUUGCAAACUGAUAAUUCUUGAAACCUGCCGACAUAACGUCCAGGAGUUCUUGUGCUUAGCACCAGAGGACUCGCUCAGUUCUCCACAGCAGCAUUUUCCUGGCCAAUUUGUUAAAGUUCAGUAUGUUAUUGCACUGUGCAAUGAAGUCUCUCAAGAAUUGAUUGAUUGCAGAUUGGAGCCUCUUUAUGCUAUGUUUAGGAUUGCACAUGUGAGUACAAUACAUGUAACAAAAGUAAUGGUCAUACAGUCAAAGCUCUGUUAG